AUGCUAUCGUAUCCGAGAUACGUGAAGGGACGUCAAAAUGCGAAAAAUCAAUACAGAAUUCUGUUAAUACACAACAACAACAACGACAACGACAACGACAACGACAACGACAACGACAACGACAACGACAACGACAACGACAACAACAACGACAACGACAACGACAAAGAUGUAUUCUGGAUCUACCUCUCGCAUUUACAUCCGUCCGUUUCCAAGCUCGUAAAGGAAGCUUUGGAUUGCAAAGAUGCUGUGAAAGUAGUUCCAUUUGUGAAAAAUGGCGCAGACCUAAACUCAUUCAACUACAUUUCAUUCAAAGAUGAACGUCACAAUCGGCGAUCUAAUGAUUCGCGAGCGUUCACUCUGAGUGAGCGCUCACGAAUCGUUAAAUCGCUGAUUGUGACGCACUGA